ACCCAAUAUGGCAGCGGCGGUAGCAGUGGCAACGGCAGCAGGAGGAUCGGCCGCCCCAUAAACCCCCCCGCGCACCUCCCCCGCCGCUUCCUCUGCUAGGUUGCUCCUCCGGCCUGACUUCCCCUUUCUCCCACCUUUCCCGGCACCGCGGGAAAAGCAGCGCAGGGCAGAGAAGGCAGGGAGGGCGGCUGGAGCCGGGACACGGGAGCCUCCCAGUCAGUUCAAGACCCGACAUGAGGGAAAAGGGCCGUAGGAAGAAGGGCAGGACCUGGGCGGAGGCCGCCAAGACGGUCUUAGAAAAAUACCCCAAUACACCCAUGAGUCAUAAAGAAAUUCUUCAAGUUAUCCAGAGAGAAGGACUAAAAGAAAUCAGAAGUGGGACUUCCCCUCUUGCCUGCCUGAAUGCAAUGCUACACACAAACUCCCGAGGUGAAGAGGGCAUCUUCUAUAAAGUUCCAGGUAGAAUGGGAGUAUAUACUUUAAAGAAGGAUGUGCCGGAUGGGGUGAAAGAGCUAUCAGAAGGUUCAGAAGAAAGCAGUGAUGGUCAGUCAGAUUCCCAGAGUUCUGAGAACAGCAGCAGCAGCAGUGAUGGUGGCAGCAACAAAGAGGGAAAAAAGAGCAGGUGGAAAAGGAAAGUAUCGUCUAGACUGUCACAGCCAUCCUCCCCACAUUCAGGCUGCCCAUCACCCACCAUUCCAGCAGGUAAAGUUAUUUCUCCAUCACAGAAGCACAGCAAGAAGGCUCUAAAGCAGGCUUUAAAGCAGCAACAGCAAAAGAAGCAGCAGCAGCAAUGCAGGCCAAGCAUGUCCCUCUCCUCCAACCAACAUCUUUCUCUCAAAUCUGUCAAAGCAGCCAGUGAUCCUGCUACUGCCAAACCUGCAAUAUGGGAAGGAAAGCAGUCUGAUGGACAGUCAGGCAGCCCCCAGAACUCAAACUCCAGCUUUUCUUCCUCGGUUAAAAUGGAAAGUCCCUUACUAAGCUUGGGAAAGAAGUCUUUCCAGAGGUCUGACAGACUCCACACAAGGCAAAUGAAAAGGACUAAAUGUGCUGAUAUUGACGUUGAGACACCGGACUCCAUUCUAGUUAACACAAAUCUGCGAGCACUCAUCAAUAAACACACCUUUUCAGUCCUUCCUGGAGAUUGCCAACAGCGACUGCUUUUACUACUUCCAGAGGUGGAUCGACAGGUUGGUCCAGAUGGUUUGAUGAAGUUGAAUGGCUCAGCUCUUAAUAACGAGUUCUUCACUUCAGCUGCCCAAGGCUGGAAGGAAAGACUGUCAGAAGGUGAGUUUACACCUGAGAUGCAGGUGAGAAUUCGACAAGAGAUUGAGAAGGAGAAAAAAGUGGAGCCAUGGAAGGAACAAUUCUUUGAAAGCUACUAUGGUCAGAGUUCUGGGCUGAGCCUUGAAGAUUCAAAGAAAUUGACAGCUUCCCCCAGUGAUCCCAAAGUAAAGAAAACCCCAGCUGAGCAACCAAAAUCAAUGCUUCCUUCAGAGGCCUCUCCUGUCAGAAUAGUCCCAGUCAUUUCCCAAUCAGAGUGUAAAGAAGAAGCAGUACAAAUGCCAUCACCAGUCAGAAAAGAAGAACACGAAAGCCAAGAUGAGGCACAGCCAAGUGUCAAAUUCACAGAGCCCCUUCUUGGCUCAGCUACCAAUACAAAUGAGCUUAGUGGUGUUUUUCCCAUCAAGUGCCCAAAGGAUGAGGAUCUCUUGGAGCAGAAACCAGCUGCUUCUUCUGAACAGGAAUCUGAGAAAGAGAAUUAUCUCACCACAGCUUCUAAUUAUAGUAAAAGUGAAAGCCAAGAAGCUUUAGUUACAUCCCUAACCAAACCCAAGAGUCCUGGGCUAGAAAAACCAAUAAUGAAACCCAUAGCAGAUACAGGACCACAGGAGACCAGUGUCAAAGAACCUCCCACAGCUCUUGUUGAUCAGAGCCCAGAAAGCCUCAAGAGAAAAUCUCUCACUCAAGAAGAGGUCCCUGGAAGCUGGGAGAAAAGGCCACGUGUCACUGAGAAUCGCCAGCAGCCAUUUCAGGUCUCGCCACAGCCCUUUCUCAGUAGAGGAGACAGAGGCCAGGUGCGAAAAGUACCACCUCUCAAGAUCCCAGUCUCCAGAAUCUCCCCCAUGCCGUUUCCUACAUCGCAGGUCUCUCCCAGGGCUCGUUUUCCAAUCUCCAUCACUAGUCCUAACAGAACAGGAGCCAGAACUCUUGCAGACAUCAAAGCAAAAGCCCAAUUGGUCAAAGCACAGAGGGCAGCAGCUGCAGCUGCCGCCGCAGCCGCCGCAGCCGCCUCAGUUGGAGGGACCAUUCCAGGACCUGGCCCUGGGGGUGGACAAGGUCCAGGAGAGGGUGGUGAAAGAAAAACUGCUAGAGGAGGGAGUCCAGGCUCAGACAGAGUCAGCGCAACUGGAAAGGGCCCCACACUGGAACUGGCAGGAACUGGAAGCAGGGGAGGUACGAGAGAGCUUUUACCCUGUGGUCCAGAGACUCAGCCCCAAUCUGAGACCAAGACCCCAAGCCAGGCACAGCCUCAUAGUGUCUCUGGAGCACAACUACAGCAAACCCCCUCAUUACCUCCAGCACCUGCCGUCAGUCGAGCAUGCACAAGUGUCCCAUCACCAGCCCACAUAGAGAAAUCGAACAGUGAAAAACUGAACCCUGCCAGGACAUCAGUCACAGUUGCUUCCCCUAGCCACCCACAAGGGCCUAGUAGUUACAGACAGGAGAGAGCCCCUUCUUCUCCAGCAGGCUCUGCUCUGAUCUCAGGAGUUUUGCCUGCUUCUUUUGUAGCUGAUGGCACAGUUGAGCCCAAAGCAGGCUCUAGUAAGAAUACAACAAACCCUUCAACCUCAGCAAAGACAACUUCUAGUGCUGCAGUGGAUACAUCCCCCAUCCCUUUAACAUCUUUAUUGACAACAGCCACUUUAGAAAAGCUUCCUGUACCCCAGGUCAGUGUAACUGUAGCAUCUGUUGGGUCAACUCUGUCCUCGAGCAUUUUGUCAGCAGCUUCUAGCCUUAAAACUCCAGGAACUUCAAGUGUGAAUGGGCCCAUUUCAAGACCAAGCUCUAGUAUCCCAGCUAAUAAUCCUUUAGUUACUCAGCUGCUCCAAGGCAAAGAUGUUCCCAUGGAGCAAAUUCUGCCUAAACCUCUCACCAAAGUUGAAAUGAAAACUGUUCCAUUGACUACUAAAGAGGAUAAAGGGAUGGGAGCACUCACAGGUACCAGUAUAACAGAAAAUAGCACCAGAGAGGAAGUUAAUGAGAGACAAUCCCAUCCAACUAUCCAGCAGCUGGGGAAAACCUUGCUGAGUAAGCAUCUCCCCCAGGUUCCAAGGCCCCUGCAGCUCUUUUCAGCUAAGGAUCUAAGGGACUCUAGCCUCGACACACACCAGUACCAGGAAGGACUGAGUAAAACAACACAAGAUCAGAUCCUUCAGACUCUCAUCCAGAGGGUUCGGAGGCAGAACGUUCUCUCACUCGUGCCGCCUUCGCAGUUUAACUUCGCUCACUCAGGUUUCCAGUUAGAAGACAUCUCCACAAGCCAGAGGUUCAUGCUGGGAUUUGCUGGCAGAAGGACAUCCAAACCUGCAAUGGCAGGUCACUAUUUACUUAACAUUUCCACCUAUGGCAGGGGUUCAGAGAGCUUUAGGAGGACCCAUUCUGUAAAUCCCGAAGACCGCUUUUGUCUUAGUAGCCCCACUGAAGCUUUGAGAAUGGGGUAUACAGAUUGUAAAAAUACAACAGGAGACAGUAGCAGCAGCAAAGAAGAUGAAACUGAUGAGGAAAGUACUGGCGAUGAACAGGAAUCUGUCUUGGUGAAGGAGGAGCCCCAGGCUUCCCAGAGUUCUGGCAAGCAUGACACAAGUUCAGGACCCCACAGUAGGGAAACCCAAACCAACAACGAUUGCUUAGCUAACAAGAAUGUGAAGGCCGAGAUACCAGUGAAUGAGCAAGCCACUUUAAGCAAGGAGAAUUACCUGUUUGCUAGAGGCCAAACGUUUGAUGAGAAAACCCUAGCCAGAGAUUUUAUUCAGGCAGCACAGAAACAAAUGGCUCAUGCCGUAAGAGGUAAGACAAUGCGAAGCAGCCCUGAGCUGUUCAAUUCUACUGCUCUUUCUUUGCCUGCAGACAGUCCCACCCAUCAACCUCUACUUCUUCCACCACUGCAAACCCCAAAAUUAUAUGGAAGCCCCACACAGAUAGGGACAAGUUACAGAGGCAUGAUCAAUGUCUCCACCUCAUCAGACAUGGACCAUAACUCUGCUGUACCAGGUAGCCAGGUAUCUAGCAAUGUAGGUGAUGUCAUGUCCUUUUCAGUGACUGUCACUGCCAUCCCUGCUAGCCAAGCUAUGAAUCCCAGCAGCCAUGGCCAGACAAUGCCUGUUCCAGCCUUUCCUGAAGAGAAUAGCAUUGAGGACACACCUUCAAAAUGUUACUGCCGGUUGAAAGCCAUGAUCAUGUGCAAAGGGUGUGGAGCUUUCUGCCAUGAUGAUUGCAUCGGCCCCUCUAAACUGUGUGUCUCCUGCCUUGUCGUUCGGUAAUGAGACUUAAAGAUACACACUGUAAAGGAGGGGGAAAGGAAGGGUUAACAAGAUGUGUUUUUGCAUUGUUUGGAAUCACAGAAAUAAGGUUUCAACUGUCUUAAGAGAAAUAUUAAUCAGGAAUACAGAGUACAGGUCAUUUACAUUCUAGAGGAAGAGCACCUUGUAUAGUAAAUCUAAGUCAAGCAAGACUUUGUGAAUUUGUGACAAGUUUGCACUUAUAAAAUCAUGUAAAUAUGUCACAUUUGUUUAACAUUUUUCCAAGUGUUUAGGUAAUAAUGUAUUACUUCGAAUUCAGAUUUAUGUUCCAUUUUAUGUGACCGAGAAAAGUUGAUUGUCAUGCAUGGUAAAAGGAGGCUAUCUCCCUUAUGACCUUUCCUAAGAGUAGGAAAUGGACAGAGUGGUGUAAAGCAGUGACCACUCAUGCUGAUGAUGAUGUCUUCACGUUAUGGUUGCAGAUUAUUCAUAGGUUAUUUGGCCUUUGCACAAUUUGAAUUCAGGGUUUAUGCAGCCCCUUUAAUGGGACCUUGUGAAGUAGAAGUCUUCUUAUCAUCACAGGCAGUGUUUCCAACCCUGAAAACCCUGACUUGGUUCUUGACUUCUGUGAGCCAGUACUGUCAUGAAGCGGAGCCCUGAUGUUCCCUAAUCCCACCCCCCUGGCCUGAGACAGUGAAUGUGGUCUGUGAAGGGAGUGCCUCUUUGGGCCCCACUGUAUGACUAUAGUCUGUACAUGGCAAUGUUCCAGCAAUAAUACCCUGUCAUUCAUGGGAGCCCACAAACCUAUUUGAAAUACUAGUGUAAGAUGAGCAGAGGGUGUUAGUGAUAGGGUGAUUUGACUUAUGGUCUUGUUGGGCAAGGGAAUGAAACUGCAGAAACUGUUAAACUGAACAUAAAGGACUUUGGAAAAUGAUUUUCACACUAGAAACAAGGUAGCCUCUUUUCCUCUUCCAGCCCUUAACCUAAUGUUAUAUGAUCAGCUGUUGUCAGCAGUGGUAGACAGGCUCUUCAGUGACACAUUGCCGCCUUCUCUGCAACCUGUUUUACCUUUCAGGCCUCUAAGGAGGUUGGAGUGUUUUUAUUAAAUCUUACCUUAAACACACAGUACAAGAUAUUUUAUUGUUUUAGAAAAUGUGUCUCCUGAUUUGGAAUUAAUUGCUGUCUGUGCUCUAAGGAUGCCUAAUGUAAGGGGGCUUUGGUGAAUACCCAUGGAAUGUCUGGGAAGGAAGAACAGCUCCAGUUUUUGUUCUUUCUUUUU